AUGGUCGAGGAUCACAAUAUUUCUGUUUUGCAAUAUUAUCGAUCGCAAGGCACUGGAAUAUACAAGAUCGAGUCUCAGGAUCGAAUCAUUGAUUCUGGAAGAAACGCCGACAAAAUCGACAUAAGCAAAGUUGUAUCCAACGAUAUAAAUAAGACUGGAGGAUUGCAAAAGGAAAUGGAAAUAUUCCUCGGCGCUAAAGUGAUGUUGAGAGCGAACAUCAUCGUUGAAAAGGGACUGGUUAGUGGCGCAAUCGGCAACAUUACAGAAAUUCAUUGGCCAAAUUUCAGACGCGACCAGAUUGAUAAAGACAUUCCCGACUUAAGCAUUGACUUUGGGCCAGAUGGAAUCCAUCGGAUUGAGCCGAGAUGCGUGGAAUUUGAUGGAAAACUGAAUUAUGGAAAAGUCGAGCCAAGACAACUGCCUAUAAUUCUAUGCUGGGCAUGCACAGUGCAUAAAAUGCAAGGCUGCACAGUUGAUCACGCAGUUGUCUAUUUAGGACCAGCACUUUUUGAAACGGGCUAG